CGCUGCAAUGGAGCGGCAGCCGCCAGACGAGGAGGAGGAGGAGGAGGAGGAAGGCAGCGAUUAGCGCGGUGCCGGCGGGCGCGGAGGCGCGGCCGAGCGCUCCGGCGGGAGCCCGGGCCCUGCGGCAGGAGCGGAGAUGCCGCCGCUCUCCCCGCGCUGCUAGAGCUGCAGGCCGCCCGUCCCAGGGAGGGCAGGAAGGUCCGUCCUUCCCGCAGCCUCUGCGGGCGCCAAGGCUGCCCGUGCAGUCCCCUCCUCUUGCUUUUAUCCCAGCCCUGGAGCAGUCGCCGCCGCCGCCCCCUCUCCCUUCCUGCGCUCUCCCCAGCAUGAGCGCGGCUGUUUUCACCUCAUAAAGAUGGCGGUGUGGGAUCGCUGCAACCUUUAGACUAAUGACUGUCAGAAACAUCGCCUCCAUCUGUAAUAUGGGCACCAAUGCCUCUGCUCUGGAAAAAGAUAUUGGUCCAGAGCAGUUUCCAAUCAAUGAACACUACUUUGGAUUGGUCAACAACAACACUGCAGCUUUUUUUGGUGAAGUGUCACGAGUGGGUGUGAAAAUACACUUCUACAGCAGCUGCACAGCAAAACAACUGUUUGGGAACACCUGCUACUGUAACUCCGUGCUGCAGGCAUUGUAUUUUUGCCGGCCGUUUCGGGAAAAUGUGUUAUCAUACAAGGCCCAACAGAAAAAGAAGGAAAAUCUCUUGACUUGCCUGGCAGAUCUUUUCCACAGUAUUGCUACUCAGAAGAAGAAAGUUGGUGUUAUUCCACCAAAGAAGUUCAUAUCAAGGUUACGAAAAGAGAAUGAUCUUUUUGACAACUACAUGCAGCAGGAUGCACAUGAGUUUUUAAAUUACCUUCUCAACACCAUCGCAGACAUUUUGCAGGAGGAGAAGAAACAGGAAAAACAAAACGGGAAACUGAAAAAUGGCAACAUGAAUGAAGCUGAAGAGAACAACAAACAAGAACCCACCUGGGUGCAUGAGAUUUUUCAGGGAACACUGACUAACGAAACUAGAUGUUUGAACUGUGAAACCGUUAGUAGCAAAGAUGAAGAUUUUCUUGACCUUUCUGUUGAUGUGGAGCAGAACACAUCAAUUACACACUGUCUAAGAGACUUCAGUAACACAGAAACAUUAUGUAGUGAACAGAAAUACUACUGUGAAACUUGCUGCAGUAAACAAGAGGCACAGAAAAGGAUGAGAGUAAAAAAACUGCCAAUGAUUCUUGCCUUACACCUCAAGAGAUUCAAGUACAUGGAGCAAUUGCACAGGUAUACCAAGCUGUCUUACCGUGUGGUAUUUCCUCUGGAGCUACGUCUCUUCAACACAUCUGGCGAUGCCGUCAACUUAGAUCGGAUGUACGACUUGGUAGCUGUUGUUGUCCACUGUGGAAGUGGACCAAAUCGAGGGCAUUAUAUUACUAUUGUGAAAAGUCACGGGUUUUGGCUUUUGUUUGAUGAUGACAUUGUAGAGAAAAUAGAUGCUCAAGCUAUUGAAGAGUUCUAUGGUCUGACCUCUGAUAUAUCAAAAAAUUCAGAGUCUGGCUAUAUUUUAUUCUACCAGUCAAGAGAGUGACUUGGAAAACUGUGACAACUGCGCACAAGGAGGCUGCACACAAAAGGAGGUGACGUCCCCCCUUGACUGACUGACACAGACCACAGCUUGUGUGGUUGGACAACAAUACACUCUUGUCUCCUGUUCAAUGGUCUAUGUGAUAUCAACUAUAACCUUCCAUUUUUGACGUGCAGAAUUUUGCUUGGGGGAUGGGGAGUUGUUUGUAGUUUUUAAGUCUGAUUGAAGAGUUAAUUGCCAUCAGAUUUUAGUGGAAUUUAUAUGGACUAACAUUUACAGAUAAAAUGAUUUGGAUGUCAACUGUUAAAGUCAAUCCAGCUAGAGCAGUAUUUUAUAUGGAAGUGAUCAUUGCAUUUACUGCAAAAUUGUUGAAAACUUUCUAAAUGGCUUUGGGUUGUGUUGAUUUACAAAGCAUUCCUUUAAAUAGAUCCUGACAUAUACUUACCCAUUUUAAGUGGAAAGAAAAAAAAUCUGUGUAAUGAUGACUGGAAUUUUGGUUGAAUGGGGGAUUUUUUACAUUACUCUCUGCCGCAAAUAUAUAUAUGUAUAUUCUUCCAAAGUUAUUUAGGCUUUGGGUUCUUAAAAAAUUCAGUGCAUAAUCUCAGGCCCAAGUGCCACAUAGAGGAGUUUAAAUUACAGUGGAAAUAAGUAAUUUUCUAUGUCCAGUCACUUUGUUUAUCAUGAGAUAGUACAGAUGAGGUGAGACUUCGGAACUUACAAAGCACUGGAAUAAAGGGAGUGAGAUGACACAUAUGACACCGAGAUAAAUUACAUUUAUAGAGACAAAAUUUAUCUUUCUCUUAAAAUAAUAUCAGAGGUUGUUUAUUUAAUUGAGUCUGAAGAGAUUACAAUGCUGCUUACAUAUAACAUAUCCCUCAGGACUGAAAUUACAUAGUCCAUUUAAGUAAGUGUUGUUUGUAUAACACAUAUGACACAGCUUGAUCCUGCAAUUUUCUGACUAUUUGUAGGUCCCAUUUUCUUUUCUCAAGAGAGAGUCCAUUUCUUAGCAAUAUAACAUAACGACCAUUAAUUUACACAAGCUGUCAUGUAAAUAUUGUCUCUAAAAUGUUGGCCAUGUUUGACAGCAUUUGGGCCACCACAGCAACAGGUAAGGCUCUAAAAUGUCUGAUUUCUAAAAAUAUCAACAGGCUUAGGGGAAAAAGCCUUGGUUUGUGUUUUUACAGGAAGAAUUUGUCCUGCCCUAGUCAUGCAUGGGCUAAUAAAAUUGCUGAACUCACAUACUGGAAUUUAGCAAAGAAUGACUGUAGAAGAAAGUAUCAGUAGGGUAGGAGAAGGGAUGGCUAGCAGGCAGAGGCAGUGGCAGCACUGGGUAACUGCCUUGCUUGGUUUUACACUUUAACUCUCAUUGUACAAUUCCUGAACUUCAGUGGCCAAAGUCCUAUUCAAAUGGAGUCAACAGUAAAAACACUCUUGUCUCCAUUGGGGCUGCCAUUGGUUCUAGUAAUUCCAAGGAAAUAUUCUCAUCUCACAACAGUUAUUUCUACCUGUUACAUUUCAUUCACUCUCAUAAGUAUUUAUUAGAAAAUGUUGCUUUUGGUCCUUCUUUUCUUUAUGGCCAACACUCCAUUUCAAGAAAUGGCUUUUCAAGUGCAGCUAAAUCUUAGUCUUCUGUAGGAAAGAGAAUAGUUUUUUCACUGUAAUCUACUGUGAAUGUGAAAUAUCUUUUGUUAAAUAAUGGUGAUAAUUAAGUACUAGCUUCUACUGUAACAUCAAUCAAAGUUCAGUUGAAUUUACCAACGGUCAUUUUUGUAAACUAAGGAAAUGUAGCACUUUAUACUGAAUGAGAAACAGAAGUGGACUUUUGAUCUAAAAUUAUUUGUGGUUUAUCAUGUUGUUAUACCAAUACAAGAAAACAGAUGUAGAAUGUAACCUUAGAGCAUUUACUUAGGUGAAUAAUUGUAGUGGUCUAGGGAGAUCACUCACAGGAAUGAAGGAUGGUGUGCAGGCUCAAGACAAGCAUGAUUUGGAUGCAGCUCUGGUUAUUUACUGAUGUUAGAAUGAAAUGUUCUGUCUCUAAUACAGAAGACAUCUUACAGGGGACUUCAACUCUCACUGAGGUUCAGGAGCUUUUCCACUGAAAAGCUAAACCUGCAAUUCCUUCUUUAAUGCAUUUAUUUACAAGCAUUCAGAAUUUCUGGAUAAAAAUAUAAUAAUCUCUUGCCUUUUAAAAUGGGUAAAGGUUUCCUCAUUGUGAAUGAAGGCAUUUUCUAGAUCAGCAUUAACCAGUGCUGGUCCAAAGGUCUGUACUUCACAGGUUACUGGUGAGUAUUCUUUGGGCAUUCUUCAAUUUUAAAACAAGCAAAAAAAUUAUAUUCUUAAAGUAUCAUUUGGAUGUUUAGGACUCAUGUUUAUAUAAAAAGUAAUUUUUCAUUAAAAUAAUGUUUAAAUCAGUUUAAUUUUAGGAAACGUCUUCUAUAUCUCAACUGAAUUACCUGAAAGUUAAUUUAAAAACAAGUUAAUAGUAUUCAUAUCUAAACACUAAAAUGGAGGAAAAUAAUCUUAGGUUUCCUCCAGCUGCAAGACAGCCAUAGGUUGUAAAAUAGACAAAUAAUUAGAUAAUUACAGUAUGUUAUCAAGAGUAAAAUUACUAGAAUAAACCUUUCAUAAGAUAUGAAAAACCAAAUUCAUGCUAGCCCAUGAAAAGAUCCUAGCACUGGUAUCACAGCAGUCAAGUGUCAGUGGUCUGACAUCAACUCUGAAAAAUUGUGGAAUACCCACUUGAUGUCAAGACCAGUUAAACUAAUGAGCAUUUUCUUUUGAUUAAAAAAAAAAAAGAAAAAAAAAGAAAAAAAACUCAAACCAACCAAACCAAACCAAAAACAACAACAACAAACCAGUUACAAUUCUGUAAAACAAACCCAGUCUGCAGUGUGCUGAAUGUAUUGUCUUGAGCCCAGCAAAAGCUGUCAAUCAUGGCUGGAUGAACAGUGCCUGUCUAGGUAGCACAACUUCUCUCAUGUGAAAUGAAGCACAUUGGCACAGGUUUUACAGGACUGGGAUCCUCACAGGAGAAAUCUAGAUGAUGUAAAGUAUUUUAGUUGACCAAAUAAAACAAUCAUUUUUGUCCUAUGCUUAUGUGUAGCUUUCCAGUCCCUUAUGAAAGAAUGGAAAAAUACCUAGGAAAAGAAGAGGUCUUCUGCCAGCAGCUAGAAAACAGAAUUGUAGCACAGAUGUCUAAUAGUAUUCUGUGCUUCCCUAAAAUGACUAUUUUUAUGGUGUUGAGUUAUAGUAGACCUAAUGGCAUGUGAAGUUUUCUACUUCUCUGACAUGCUGUUGCUGACUUGCAUUAUCUAUUUAUAAGUCUUAUUACUAUGCCCUGACUUAGAAAAAAAGAGCAUUUUUGUCCUGUGCUGUUUUUCCAUUGAAUACCAGGAAGCUCUGCAGUGCUGAUGAAUCAGUUAUCUUAAGGGACAAGCUCAGACCUCAACUUUUAUGUUUCACAGAAGAGGCCUUCAAGAUUUUAUGUAAUUUCUAUUUUUGGGACAUAGCAGGGGGAGGCAGCAGAGGGGAGUGAUGGAGAACACCUUGUUGAAAUUAAGUCCCAAAAUUACUCCUAUCAAUUUUAUUUUAAUUUACAGUUACCUCAGAGCAGUAGAUUGCAUCUUCAGACCUUGUUCUUCUAGCAGUUGGAUUGAAGAAAAUAAAGCACUAGGUGUUUCCUUUGCAUUAGAUUUAAUAACGAUAUUAAGGACUUAACUAAGCUGAAACUGAAAUUCACAUUACAUGGUGGGUCCUAAAGUGCUGCCAUAAUCUGUAAUUUAUCUUCAGACAUUACAUUUCAUUCACCCAUCUGUUACUGCAUCAUAUACUUGGGACCUGAGCUGCCAGCUUGCAGCUGGCAGUGAUUUGGUGCCUCUCAACAGCAGACUCUUCCUGUUCCAUCUCUUUUUUUGCUGUUUGUGGCUGACAAAUGUGAGCAGUAUCUUCCAGCUGAAUGUGUGCUAGAAAUUGUAAGAAGUUCUGUCUGUGUACCUGUUCUUUGCUAGUACCUGUUAUCAGUGUUUUAAUUUAUUUCUCUUUUGUUGGUCUCUUACUCUAUUUGUAUAAUACCUUAUGUAGUUAAUAUUAUUUGUUUUCUGUUUUAAUUUUUAUGUACUUUGAUUUUUUUAAAAAUGUAGUCAACCCAAGCACUUUAAGCAACAAUGUCAAUCUUGUGAAAUUCCAAUCAGUUUAACAUUUUGACUUGGUCUUUUUGCUUUUGCAGCUGUUUGCUUGUGAUCCCACACCUCUAGUUACAAGCUGAUGUGGUCCUAGUUGGGUUGUUAAUUUGUGCAGCCCACAUUUGUUCAUAAAUGUUCAUACAUAACAAGGAUGCAGUGUUUAGUACAUGUCUGCUAUGUAUGUGACAAGUUGCACUCCUCAGCCUUUUUUGCACUCUACCUGCCAAUCCAGCUGAGAAUGACAGUAACACUCCAGUCUGUAGCACAGUUACCAGUGACUACAAUUUAGAAAAGCUCCACAUCUCACAGGAGAAUUCUCUUUUAACAAACACAGAGUUUGCUGUCAAUCAGCUGAUGAUACAGGUAGUGCUCUCUUUGCCAUUUUAUCUGUGCUCUGUAGAGUCUCAAGUAUGAAUAAUCUUAAGAGAUGCACUUAUUCUUGGCCCUGAUGUGAGUGCUAGCAAGGAGAGCAAUCCUUUUGCAUCUCCCUUUUCCUCACUUGGAUUCAUAUAAAGGUAAAAGAUAAUCAAGCAGGAUAAGUGCUGAAAACCAACAAACCAUCUAUCAAAAACACUGGAUCUUUUUAGAGGCCAGCAUCUGUGGUAUCUAUAUCAGAAAGUCACUGACUUUGUGUUGCUAAUGCAAGGAUAAUUCUUAUUUUUUUAAAUAUGAUCUUCUCUUUGACUAAUGAGAAAAAAAAACGGGUUUUCCCUAUUGCAUCAGUUCUGUUGCUGAGGUGUUUCUUCUCAAUAUAACAUGGCACUUACCUAAAUAGCCCUUGGGAUGCCUCGACAGACACUCUCUUGAUUUCAGUUAACAUGCAUUGCUUCAAAGAGAUUUCUUGAACCUGUCCAUAAUACUCACUCAGCUUAACACACUCCUUUUGUAUACAAAGUCAAAUAACACCUAUCAGGAGGUAUGUGCCCACCCGAUGGGAUCAUCUAGGCUAAGCCCACACCUUUUUACACACUUCUUUACCCACUAGGAGGUUUGCUCACUGGCUUUGCCUGAAUGAUUUAGUAUGAAACCACACUCUCAUUAUUCAUGGUUUCAGAGUUGCUAUAAUUCUUUAAUAAUUUUGCUUCAUUUGGUUAUCAAGACUGAGACUACUACACAAUGUAAAAUAAACUAUGUUGUUGUUCACAGUGGUCAGUUUAACAGACUGGUGCUUCUGAUGAAGGUUGUUGCAAGCCGGAGUUUCACUAUGUGUAAGAAUAUUAAAGAGUAAGUGACUUUUCUGUGCCAGCAUGGUAGGUCUGUAGGAGGAGCUGGAUCAGCAUGCAGCUUUCUAACCCUCAGCUUCUACUCAGUUGAAGUUGGUGCUCCAUCCUCUACAUAAUCCUAACCCUUCUCCUAUGGGUUCCAAACCCUUUGUGAAGACACCAAAACAUCUUGCUUCCCACAAUAGAUGAUUAAUAAAUGUUUGCAACCCCCCUCUCUGUGCUCCCCAAACCCUCAUUAAUAGAUAAAACACUCCUUAAAGAGGCUGAACUUAAACAUCAGCUUUGCAUUUGCAAUGGUGUUCAUAUUUGCAAAUAUCCCAGGCUGUGUUCACAUACUACAUUUUUUCCUAGUCCUCUCUCAACUCUCAUUUUAACAGCAAGAGCAACAUCAGGGCAGUCGUGUUACAGGUUCAAGUAUUCUUCCCAGAGACAAUUUCCUGGCUACAGUGACUUUUUUUAAAGAUGACCUAACACAAACUCCAUAACUUAUCCAUGACUCUUUAGAAGUACAGCCACCAUGUGCUGUCAGAAUAUGAGUGUGGAGUAGGGGUAAGAAGAAAGAGUAAGAAAUAUGGAAAGGGCUGGUUUUUCAGAGGCUUUGAAUAUGUACAUCUGUAAAUAUAGUCUCUCUCUACCUUGUCAAAAUGAUGCAAUCAUAAUAAAACUACUUAAAUACUUUGUGCUAGUUUUUUAAAUGGAAUAAGAGGUAGUAAAAUUAUUAGGCACAAAAUCGGGGACACAUAAAAAUACUGAAUUUCUAGUAAAAUGUUACAAUACACGGUGUGUGUGUGUGUACAAUUGAGUAUCUGCUAUUUUUAAUCAUGUACAUGUAAUUAAACCCUGCACUACCUGCAGAACUGUAAGAUAAAUCUCAUGUUGGUUAUUAAGGUUGUAACAUAAGAAAACAGUAUUUUCUCCUGUUAACAUGUUUCUAUUUUACAUAAAAUAAACUCCCUAGCUGAUCUUGGUUCCA